AGUGGAUGUUUGUCUACCACAACAGAAUAGAUUGCAAUUCAUUCGCAUUUCCUAGUGAUAUCCUGCACUGGCAUGAUGGAAGCUUCCAAUAUCAGGCGAUGAUUCCAGUGCAUUCGUUGCAUGAUCGGCAACCACGGACUGGUCAGGUGAGGUUUGGCCAAUGUGGUCUGACUGCUGCAUUUCUGGCGGAACCCGCCGGGGAGAGAUAUUGUCCGAGAAUGUCACAUAAGGAAAACAGCAGACAUAUCUUUCAUUGAAAAGUAUGUAUUUGCUAUCGUUUCACAGAAUCACUCACUUCAACGCAGUAAUCCUAAAAUACAAGUGAGUAAUGCCAACCGGGCGCCUCACAGCCAAAGCACUUGCCACAUUUCUAGCCAUCCUCAUUCCCCUGGUAGCGGUAUACUACACAUACCGUGACAUGUAUAUAAAAGAAGUGAUGGCUGCGGUCAAAGUACAACCUGCACAGCAAAUCAUCAUCGUCGGCGCCGGCUUGGCAGGUCUCUCAGCUGCCCAUGCCGCACUGACAGCCAGCCCUUCCGCCUCGGUCCUGCUUCUUGAGCGAGCCGCAAAACCGGGCGGCAACAGCAUCAAGGCAUCAAGCGGCAUUAAUGGAGCUCCAACGCGAUUCCAGACGCAAUCUUGGGACUCGGCCGCCCUGUUUCGCGAUGACACGCUCAAGUCGGCCGGUGCACGUUUGAACUCUGCCGGGCUUCUGGAUCGACACGGGAGACAAAGCUUGAUCGGGAACCUGACGGAAAGGUCUGCAGCCGCUGUUCACUUUCUCCACGACGACGUCGGCGUCGAUCUCUCCGUGGUCACCCAGCUCGGUGGACACAGUGUCCCGCGAACGCAUCGCGGCGCAGGCAAGACUCCGCCUGGCUUUGCCAUCGUCAGCGCACUUUUGGCAAAGUUGAAGGACGAGGUGGGCAAGGAUGGUCGAUUCGAGCUUCGGACAGAUUGCGAGGUCACAAAGCUGCUGACAAAGCCUGGUGAGAACGAUCAGGUUGCGGUGGUAGGGGUGGAAUACACCAGUGGCGCCCCAGCUCAGGACUCGGACCGAACCACGGCGUCAGCCCUGGGUCCUGUGAUAUUUGCCGCCGGUGGCUUUGCAGGUGACGCCACAGGUCUCCUGAUCAAGCACCGACCCGACCUCGGCCCUCUGCCGUCCACAAACGACGCUCGUGCAGCUACAGCAUUGAAUAUACUGGAGGCUGACGCCAAAGCCAUCCUUGUGGAUAUGGAUAGUAUUCAGGUACAUCCGACGGGGUUCGUUGACCCGGCGAACCCGAAUGCCCCUGUAAAGAUCCUGGCGGCUGAGAUGCUGCGCGGCGAAGGAGGUAUUCUGCUGCGUCAUGGGAAACGUUUCGUCAACGAGAUGGAUACACGAGAACAUGUCAGCUCUGUCAUUAUGGCCCAGCCGCCAUCUGACGAGAAGGCUGUGCCGAAGCAGUGGGAAGUGACUUUGCUUCUAGAUCCUGGGUCAUGCGAAGCUGCAUCAGCUCAUCUAGGAUUCUACAUUUUCAAGGGCCUCAUGGCUAAGAAAAAGAUCAGUGAUCUGGAUGAGAUCACACGCCAGACACUGCGGGAAUAUAGCGACAUUGCGGCUGGAGAAAAGCCAGACCCUUUCGGUCGCAGAGCUUUUGGGCACUGGAGCUUGAAGGGCGGGGAUGUGGACAGCGAAAAGGAGGUUUGUAUUGGGCAGGUUACUCCCAUCACCCACUUCACCAUGGGUGGAGCGGCCAUCAACGACAAGGCCCAAAUUCUGUCAUCUACAGCCCAGGGGCGACCUAUUGAAGGUCUUUGGGCCGCGGGGGAGAUCACGGGCGGUGUACAUGGUGACAAUAGACUGGGCGGGUCCUCGCUACUUGAGUGUGUGGUCUAUGGUCGCAUUGCAGGCGAGGAGGCAGCGAGAUAUGUCAGCUCAAGAAGAGAGAUAUAAGAAGUUAUGUAUUCUGUAGGCAUUUACGUCACAUCAAGGGAUAUGUCCUUGCAAAUUGAUAUAUAUAUAUACAUCAUAAAAUUCGGACA